AUGGUAGUCAAGGGCCGGAGGAUUGGAGCAGCUGUUUCCCCUCGAGCUAUUCACCCAGCACCGACUAUUACUACUCCCCAGUUGUGUGUCAAUCGGGCUACACAAUCGCGACUCAAUCCGUUACUUUUGUUGACGGAAACUCUGAAACCAAGGCAGCCUGUUGUCCAUAGUGAGUCCGAUCCAUGUGGAUAUCCGGAUUCUUACUCACAUCGUUCUAUGAAUAGAGGCUACAGCACCCAGACUGAAGAUGACAAAGUCUGGUGCACAACAAACCGGUGCACAUCCUUCAACGCUGACCAGAAUCAUGUAUGGACUCUGACAAAAGCCGGCACAGUAUCGACUAUGACGAGUGCCGACGGCAUAAAUGCAAGAGCUGUCUUCAUUCGCUGGCAAUCCUUCGAUUUCGCGACUGCAGCUGCCAUAAGUACGGAGUCAAGCGUCUCCAAGUCCACCACACAAUCAACUGCUUCAAAUAAAAGUCUCGGCUCGCCGACCGCCACAUCACAGGCUGGUAUCUCGACAUAG